CAACUCAUCAAACCCACAAACGAAUGGCUUCUUUUGAAGAAACAUCCGCCUUGGAACUCAUAACCCAACACCUCCUCUCUGAUUUUGAUUCUUCCCCAAACCCCCACAAGUCUUCUCUCUGUCAUCGCCGUCCUUCUCUCAACGUCACCAUCCCUCACCCCACACCGGUUGUUAAUGCGGCUGCCGGCGAGAAAAGGAAGCACUACAGGGGCGUGAGGAGGCGGCCGUGGGGCAAGUUCGCCGCUGAAAUCAGAGACCCUAACAGAAAAGGCUCAAGGCUUUGGCUUGGAACCUUCGACACCGCCAUUGAAGCUGCUAAAGCUUACGAUAGAGCUGCUUUUAAGCUACGUGGAAGCAAGGCCAUUUUGAACUUCCCUCUCGAAGCAGGUGAAUCGAACUCGACUCCGUCUGAAUCAACUCAUGACUCGUUCUCGAAUAAAAGAAAAAGAAAGGAGGAAGAGGAGAGCAUGGAGGGUAAAGCAGUGAAGAAGGAAGAGGUGACGGAGACGGAAACGGGAAGUAUGACGACGUCGGGGGUAUGUUUAACGCCGUCAAAUUGGAAUGGGUUUUGGGAUGCUGUAGAUAUGAAGGGAAUAUUCAGCAUACCUCCGUUAUCACCGUUGUCUCCGUUUGGGUAUUCUAUUUCGGGACUUGCCGUUAUCUAGCCGUUAAUACAUCGGCAAGGUUGAAGUUAACGGCCGUGAAGAAGUGUUGUCAGUG